AGAGAAGAUGGCAUGCCUGGAGGCCGAAAUAAGAGCAUUGGGCCCGUCCAGAUAUCAGAGGAAGAGAUCGAAAGGAUCAUGUCUGGGCAGGAAUUUGAGGAAGAGGCCAAUCACUGGAGCAACCAUGGUGACAGCGACCACAGUUCCCCUGGGAACAGGGCUUCAGAGAGCAACCAGCCCUCACCAGGCUCCACACUGUCCUCCAGGUCUGUGGAACUAAAUGGAUUCAUGGCAUUCAGGGAGCAGUACAUGGGGAUGUCUGUGCCUCCACACUAUCAAUACAUACCGCACCUUUUUAGCUAUUCCGCCCACUCGCCACUCCUGCCCCCACAAGCUCGCAGCCUGGAUCCCCAGUCAUACAGUCUGAUUCACCAGCUGGUGUCAGCCGAGGACCUGGAGCCACUGGGCACACCCAUGUUGAUUGAAGAUGGGUAUGCUGUGACUCAGGCAGAGCUGUUUGCCCUGCUUUGCCGCCUGGCUGAUGAGCUGCUCUUUAGGCAGAUUGCCUGGAUCAAGAAACUGCCUUUCUUCUGCGAGCUCUCAAUCAAGGAUUACACGUGCCUCCUGAGCUCUACCUGGCAGGAAUUAAUCCUGCUGUCCUCCCUCACCGUUUAUAGCAAACAGAUCUUUGGGGAGCUGGCUGAUGUCACUGCCAAGUACUCACCCUCUGAUGAAGAACUACACAGGUAAGGGUUGUUGGCUGGGGAGGAAGUCCCAAGCAACCAAAUCACCGUCAUCCCUGCAAAGUGGGGAUGGAGUGCCCCCACUGACCCUUUAGAGGAUAGGAAUUAAAGCCACACACAGGGCUGGUUUUGAAUCCGUAACUCUGCCACUGACUAGCUUUGUAACCAUAGUUAAGUCUCUGAUUCCUACAUUCUGAAUUUAUAAAAUGGGAUAGAUAAUACCUGUACCUCCCCAACAAGGUAGUUGUGAAAAAUAAAUGAUACUGUGCAGCGAGCCUUAGCAGAGUGCUACACUAUUAUUUUUUUUUUAUCACAUUUGGAUUACUGAGAUAAGAGAAUGUAUCUGGGCAAAACAAAAACCUAAACUCUAAACUUCAUCUAUAAAGUGAGAGGCUCUGAGUUACAGUUUACAAUUCAAGAACAAGAUCUAGAAGUCACUGUGGUACCUACUAUAUGCCAGGCACUGGGCUUGGUAUUUUAUAUUACUGUCUUAUUCUUUUCUCAUAGCCUCUAGCAUUAUAGAUAUUGUUACGCCUAUUUUAUGGAUAAGAAAACUGAAGUUCAAAGAGAUCUGCCCUUUAAUGUUUUGGGUUUGAACACAGAGCCUCGAUUUGAACCUAUGGCUGCCCAAUGUCAAAGCUUAGGCUCUUUGACUGCAUCUGAGAUGCACUGAGAGGUGGUAAGAGCAUGGGGCUAAGAGACCGAGCCGCUCUCUUCAGUGUUUUCUGGUGUAACUUCUCAUCCUACUUGGCCAGGAUCCUAAUCUCCCUGUCUAGCACAGAUCUUUCUCUCACUCACUUUGUGUUUUUUUGUUAAGAUUUUAUU